AUGGCGACUCAGCAGCGCAAGACGCACACAGCACCGUCGUCGCUACGCCAGGUCUAUCUCACCGGGUACAACAUCAUCUUUGCGCUUCUCUGGGCCUCCAUCUUUAUAAAAGCCGUGGCGCACCUACGCGCUGGAAGCAGCAAGGCGGACAUAUUUUCCGCGACAGAGUCUGCAGCGCGCUGGGUGCAAACAGCAUCGUUAGUUGAAGUACUACACGCGGCGUUUGGCAUCAUCAAAUCCCCCGUUAGCACAACCGCACUGCAAGUCGUCACGCGCGUAAUCCAGGUCUGGAUGGUAUGGUUCUGUUUCCCGGGUAGCACUGCGUCGUCGAGUGCCUAUGUCGCGCUGGUGCUGGCGUGGUCGGUAGCAGACGGUAUCCGCUAUCUGUAUCUAGCGCUGAACAUGCACGGCAAGGCCCCUGCGUUGCUUGUAUGGCUGAGAUACUCCAUGUUCUACCCCCUGUACCCCAUUGGCAUUGGCGCAGAGUGGUGGCUAUUGUAUCGCGCCAUUGAGCCCGGUGCGCGGAUCAGCUGGGUUAUUCCACCUGUUUUUUACUUUUGCUUGAUGCUCUACGUGCCUGGCUCGUAUACAAUGUACACGUAUAUGAUUAAGCAGAGGAGGAAGACGCUUGGAUCGACGAGAAAGCGGCAGUGAGUUGAGGCUUCUUUUCACGCUGUUUACCAAAGAUAGG